UAUGUCUCUGAGGCGGAGGCCCGUUAACGUUCACUGCUUAGUUUACUAGUUAGCUGCUAAAGGCAUGCCAUACUAAGUAUACUGCGAGGUGAUUGGGGAAGUUCGGGUAGUUUUGUCCAUGUGUAAGAUUUUAGAUCGGUUUGGGAACAUCUACUAUACUAGUAAUCUUCUAGUAUUGGGUUGACUGAUCUACCUACCACCAGGGUGUCGCGCGUUUCUUCUCCCCUGGGUUUUCUGUUUUGUUUGUUAAUUUAUCUCGUCCGGAUACUUUGCACGUUGCUAUUUAAUCACCGGAAAGCAAUCAAUUGCCACAUGUGUUCUCCCUAUCAUCCUUUAUCUUCCCUUUGCAGCUGAUUGUUAAUUCAUGGGAUCAAGACCAUCUGUCUUGGUCCUCCUAUAAUACUGACUGAGGAUGAUUGCCUCGAUACUCCCCUCGCGGGACUGCAGGGAGCAACCUGUAACGGCCCAGACAACACCAUCAUGGUUCAAGAGGAAGAUCACACCGGGACUACUAUCCCUGUCCCGGCUCGCAUCCUCGCACCCGAUACAUACGGUGGCCGUCGUGGCCUUGCUCGUGAGCUCCAUAUACACCAGCCUACUGGAGGACAGUAUAUUCGAUGGAGGCAAACCGGUACGAAAGGCAAAGUGGUCAUCGCUCACUGCAGGAAAUAGACAGCUCUACACGAGCCCAGACUCCGACUGGAACUGGCAGCUGAAUGAUUCCGAUGCUCCAAUUUCCACCGAUGUCGAUCAUACCGCGCUUCUGACUCUGGUAUUUCCCGAAAUGGCCGAAAGAACAUUCCCCGAAUUGCCAAUGACGCCCGUACUUCAAUUGCCUGGUAAUCUGUCCAUCACGCCGUUGCCCCCAACAUCCAAAUCAUUCGGCGCAUACUCCAAGGAACAUGUCUUUGCUUUCUCCGUUCCCUACAGCCAGGCCUCCGACUUCUUGACGAUGGUUCAGGAGGUCCCGAAUAGUGGCCUAGGUCAGGAGAUCGACCACGGGGAACAGCGAAUGUGGAUAAUGAAGGCUGCGCGGGUACAGACGCAGAGCAGCCUGACAAACUGGGCACAAGAUGCCUGGGUCGAGUUUGUGGAUCUGCUUAAGAACGCCCAAACACCUGAUAUUGCUAUCGUGCUGCUUGGUUAUAUCUUCAUGCAUAUGACCUUCGCCUCGUUGUUCCUUUCCAUGUAUCGCAUGGGUUCUAAGUUCUGGCUUGCCACAAGUGUCCUCUUCUCAUCCACAUUCGCUUUUGUUCUCGGUCUGUUUGUCACUGUUGAGCUUGGAGUUCCUGUUAAUAUGGUACUCCUCUCCGAAGGCCUGCCGUUCUUGGUAGUAAUAGUCGGCUUCGAAAGGUAUGUAGGCCUCACGCGGGCCAUCUUGACACAUGCCAUGGACCAUCGCAACUUGACACGGGAGGAGGCAUCUUCCGCAAUUCAAUACGCUAUCGAAUUUGCUAUCAGCGAGAAGGGAUUCGAGAUAGUCAAAGAAUACGUCAUAGAGAUUGCAAUCCUUGCGGUAGGGGCAUUGUCCGGAGUACAGGGAGGGCUCGAACAAUUCUGCUUCUUAGCUGCGUGGACUCUGUUCUUUGACAGUAUUCUUCUCUUCUCGUUUCAUACCGCGAUCGUUUGCAUCAAAUUCGAAAUAAACCGAAUCAAGGGGCACAUCGACAUGCGCAAGGCGCUAGAGGAUGACGGAAUUAGCUCCCAAGUGGCCGAAAAUGUGGCCAGGAGCCACAGCAAGAGCCAGCCAGGGACGAUCUUCGGCAAGAGCACGCAGAUCCCUAGAUUCAAGGUCCUCAUGGUCGGCGGCUUUUUUCUAGUGAACAUCGCGAGCAUGUGCAUGGUCCCCUUCCGCAAUACACACUCGAUUAUGGACAUAUCGGAUUGGGCUCGCGGCCUGGGUGGUGGUGUGGUUAUGUCUCCACCGGUAGAUCCCUUCAAGGUAGCCUCUAACGGACUGAGAGUCAUCCUUGACAGGGCCAAGUCAAGCGGUCAGAAAACGGUUGUCACGGUGCUGGCUCCCAUCAAGUACGAAUUUGAAUUCCCAUCUGUCCAUUAUGGUCUUUCCGGGAUGGAAGCUUCCAGUGAUGAUGACAUGUUCCUCGACUUCGGUGGAUACGGUGUCGGUGGCCGCGUCGUCGGUGGCCUGCUUAAGAGUUUGGAUGACCCCGUAUUCUGCAAGUGGGUAAUCGCAGCCUUGGUGCUGAGUGUCGCCCUCAAUAGCCAUCUCUUCAGCGCAGCUAGACAGGGUGUCAAGGCAGCAACUACAACGGAGCACCCUACCAAGCCCAAAAAAUCAGAAAGCGCACAAAGGGUUGGACUUCCACCAUGCGAGUGCCAAAGAGCUGCUGUCCCAUCUCCGGUGGCCAAUGGAUCCAUUGGAAGUACGGAAUCGACCAAGACCAAACGCACUCAGGAAGAAAUGGUGCAGAUACUCUGGAAGAAGCGCGCCCAUGAGCUGACCGAUGAGGAGGUUGUCGAGCUCUCUCUGCGUGGAAAAAUUCCUGGUCAUGCACUGGAGAAGACCUUGAAAGAUUUCACCCGUGCUGUUAAGGUUCGUCGCACCAUCAUUUCUCGCCACAAGGCCACGGCAGAUAUCACGCAUGCUCUUGAGCGAAGUAAACUCCCAUAUGAGAAUUAUGAUUGGUCUCGGGUCUUUGGUGCAUGCUGCGAGAACGUCGUGGGCUACAUGCCAGUUCCGGUUGGCUUCGCUGGUCCUAUAAUCAUUGAUGGAAAGAGCUACUUUAUCCCUAUGGCGACUACCGAAGGAGUCCUUGUUGCUAGUGCGAGUAGAGGAAGCAAGGCUAUCAACGCUGGCGGCGGUGCUGUGACUAUGUUGACAGCCGAUGGGAUGACCCGGGGUCCUUGUGUUAGCUUUUUAACCCUGCAGCGCGCCGGUGCUGCUAAAAUUUGGCUUGACUCGGAGCAAGGUCAAAUCACGAUGAAAAAGGCCUUCAACUCGACGACCCGUUUCGGACGACUCCAAUCGACGACCACUGCUAUCGCAGGAACAAACCUGUACAUCCGCUUCAAAACCACUACUGGGGAUGCCAUGGGAAUGAACAUGAUCUCCAAGGGCGUUGAAUACGCACUAGAAGUCAUGAAAACCGCUGGGUUUGAGGAUAUGAAGAUCAUAACGUUAAGCGGCAACUUCUGCGCCGACAAAAAGCCCGCGGCAAUCAACUGGAUUGAAGGGCGAGGAAAGAGCGUUGUCGCUGAAGCUAUCAUCCCCGGUGACGUGGUUAAGAGCGUGUUGAAGUCUGAUGUUGACUCCAUGGUCGAACUCAAUGUUGCGAAAAACAUGAUCGGGUCGGCUAUGGCAGGGUCUAUCGGAGGAUUCAACGCGCAUGCCGCCAACAUGGUGGCGGCCAUCUUUAUUGCGACAGGGCAGGAUCCGGCGCAGGUUAUAGAGAGCUCUAACUGCAUCACCAUUAUGAAGAAUCUUCACGGCUCGCUUCAGAUUUCAGUAUCCAUGCCCUCUAUUGAGGUCGGCACGCUGGGAGGUGGUACUAUCCUGGAGCCUCAAAGCGCCAUGCUCGACACACUCGGGAUCCGAGGACCACAUCCCACUGAGCCGGGUGCCAAUGCCCGGCAGCUUGCCCGCAUUAUCGCUGCCGCCACUUUAGCAGCGGAGCUGUCGCUCUGCGCCGCGUUGGCCGCCGGUCACCUUGUUAAGGCACACAUGCAGCAUAACCGUGCCACUCCAGCAAAGUGAAGAUUGAGUUCUGUACAAUUGUACAUAAUGUAUACAUAGUAGGCGGGGGCGCCAGGGUAGAUAGAUAGCUGCCAAGUUAGCAUACGUGACCAUGCAUAGAGAUCGCAUCCGAUGC